GGGCCGGUCUGGGCGGAAGUGCCGGGGUCGGAGCGGAAGCGGCGACGUAGCCGGCUGCCGGCUCAGAAUUAAGAUGCUCUGGUUUCAAGGAAAUAGCAUGCAUCUUGCCAAAUACUCCCUUCAACUCCUCAUGAGAAAUCUCUCUGCCUCGAAGACUGUUCUUCCUGUGCUGACCUUAUUUACAAAGGAUCCAUGCCCCCUUUGUGAUGAAGCCAAGGAAAUACUGGAGCCCUACAAAAACAGGGUUAUUUUACAGGAGGUGGACAUCACACUUCCAGAAAACUCUGCUUGGUAUGAAAGGUAUAAAUUUGACAUCCCUGUCUUCCACUUGAAUGGCCAGUUUCUGAUGAUGCAUCGAGUAGACAUCUCAAAACUUGAAAAGCAGCUCCAGAAACUUGAGCAGCAAGGUGCUGGAUGCUGGAGGAUGCCUUCAUGAUCCGCCACCCACUCUGUCCAGAUGGCAUCUUCCUAAAGACUUUGACAGUGGCCUUGCCCAGCCCUACAGAAGUUCUGAACUAGGUGGUGCCCAAUAAAUAAAUGGUUACAUUACUCUUCUGACUGAUGGAAGUAUGGGAACAGUGUAGAAACUGUUUACAUGCUGGCAUUUUAUAAAAUGACAGGAGCAUAUCAGCAGCAAGUGGAUAAUGGAGGAUGGGGGAAAUGCACUUGUUUUAUUUAUUUUUCCCUUUUGUAUUAAUAUGGAAGCAUUUUGUAUUAAUAUGGAAGCAUUUUACAUUCACUGGACAGUGCAGUUUAUAGGAGAAGGCUCUGCAUCCCUGCUGCUGCCCUAAGGGCUUAACUUUUUAAUGAAAGAAUAAAUGCUCUUCCACUCAGUAGAUAAAGUGAAAUGUGAAUUGUUAAUAACUGUGCACAGUCAAUAAAGGGGUGUUUUAACAAAUACAUCUGCAUGAAGCCUAUUUCAGUGGGAUUUAAUAAUACCUGUUUAAAAUUAGAAUUCAUUUUUUUUGGGGGUAGAAGAGAAUAAUUAUCUUAGUCAAAACGGCUUCAUUUGAGAAAAACAAAAGAAAGACUUAAACCUCCAAAAUGUGUAUAAGAAUCUCAACAUGCUUCCCACGUAGUCAGUGAAUUGAUUCAUAAUAUUUGAGGGCUGCCUUUGAUAGUUAUUCGCUUGUCAUCAAUUGAGUUAAUUCAAAUUGUAAGAUAGUAUCAGGUUUUAAUAUCUUGGAGAGAAUUCACUUCUGAACAUAACUGGACAGAUAUGUCAUCUAAAGACAGUAUUUUUCACUAUUUUAUGUAAAGUGUUAAAACUGUAGUUGUGUACCUCUAUUUAUAUUUAGUUAAGUUCAAACAAUAUAGCGGGGAUUCAUUUAAACACAAAAUGGCCUUUUCCUCUUAAAAUCACAUCACUGUAAUUUCAUCUAUAAUGAAAUUCUUUUGUGAACUAUUGUAAUGAAUUUGGAUAUUGUGAGUCACUUGGCUAGAUUUUAAUUUGAGCAGUAUGUUUUAGUCUUAGAAAAUAUAGAAUAUUAGAGCUGGCCAACUUUAUACAUUGUGUAGUCAUGUUAUACAGGAUGAGAAAUAUGACAUUCAGAGAGUUUCAGGGACUUUGCCUAAGAUAAUACAGCCAGUCAGUCAAUUGUCAGAUCACGUCUUGCCCCCUACUCUGAAUUUCCAGUACUACCUGUGCUCAUGGUAGGGAUAUUACUGUAUUAUCUCACAUGCAACAUUUUCAACUAUGCUGGACUCUACACAAAUUUGGGACUUAAAAAGCAUUCCAAAGUGACAAGAGGAAAAAAAAUCUUAAAACUGAAUAGCAGUGUUUAUAAUUUAUAAGUUUCUGGAACACAUGUUAUUUGACAUUAUUCAUUCAGCCCUGCGGCAGGCAAUAUUCUAAGCCAACCCUAAUGAACCCUCACCCUUGUCUAACUCCUUUGAGUGUGGGUGGAACUCACUGAAUAUGAUGAAAUAUCACUGCUAUGGUUAGGAUACAUCAAAUGGCAAAAGCCAGAUUAUACUAGUGGAGCCUGAUCUAGUCAGGUGAGCUCUCUAAAAGCAGAAAGUUCUCUCUGGCUGGAUACAGAAGAAAUCAGAGAUGUGUUCCAGCCAGCCUAGAAGGAAGCAGACAUCAGUGUGGUAAACUUCCUACUGGGGCCACAUGGCAAGAAACUGAGUGGCUGCUAUAAGCUGAGAGUAGUAGUCAUUGGGCAGUAGGUGGCAGGAAAAUGGGGAUAUCAGUCCUAUACCUUCGAGAAACAAAUUCUGUAAAGUCAUUGAGCCUAGAAGGGGAUCCUAAGCCCGGUAUGGAACCAGAGCCUGGAAUAACACCUUGAUUUCAGCUCACUGAAACACUGAUCUGAGCAUCCAGCCACACCAUGCCUAGAUUUCUGAUCUGGAGGAACUGUAUAAAUUUGUGUGGUUUCAAGCUGCUAAAUUUGUGGUAGACUGUUACACAGCAAUAGUGGUCUCAUAGAAGUCCCUACGACAUUGAAACAGUGGCAGGUGGUGGG